UGAAGGGCAAAAAUAGCUGAGCUUAGAAGCAAGCAUGUCUUUGGAAGAGCCUACUUCUUCACCACCCCAAGUUCUUGUUACUGGAGCCUCUGGUUAUGUAGCAUCACAUCUUGUUCAACACUUGCUCGUUGGAGGUAAAGUUAAAGUACGAGGUACUGUACGUAGUCUGAAGAAUGAGUCCAAGAGUGCCCCACUGAUGAAACUGGUACCAGAUGCAAAGUAUCCACUGGAACUAGUUGAAGCUGAUUUACUUAACGAGGAAUCAUGGAUAGAAGCAGUUAAGGGAUGUGACUAUGUGUAUCACGUAGCAUCUCCACUCCCUAAUCUGGGUACACAAAUUUCAGACGAAAACAUUCUCAUAAAGCCAGCAGUAGAUGGUACACUGAAUGUACUUAAAGCUUGUGUUGCAGCUGGUACUGUCAAACGUGUCGUAGUCACCAGUUCGGUUGCUGCAGUUUCUGGUGGUUUUAUAGCUCCACGGGACACGCCAUACACUGAAGAGGAUUGGGUUGAUGAAUCGACAGUUCCUGCAUAUGAAAAGAGCAAGGCACUUGCAGAGAAAGCUGCCUGGGAUUUCGUUGAAAAACUUGAUGAAGACAAGAAAUUUGAACUAGCCGUAAUCAACCCAACUGCUAUACUGGGCCCUCCAUUGACAAGAGCCACAGCAGAUGCAGCAUCAGUUGAUGCUAUGAAGAAAGUUCUUACAAAGGAAGUACCAGUUCUCAUUCACAUCAGCCUAGCAAUAAUUGAUGUGAGGGAUCUUGCCGCCAUUCACAUUGCAGCAAUGGAGACUCCAGAGGCAGCAGGCCAGAGAUACAUUGCAACUGGUGAGAAUCUCUGGUGGAAGGAGCUAGCUGAUAUUAUGGCUGAAGAAUUUGGUCCACAAGGUUACAAGCCCACAUCUUAUGUAAUGCCUAAAUUUGGUGUUGCCAUUAUGAAAGUUUUUAAUAGCUUCCUCCGUCGCAUCUAUCCAAUGAUUGGAACCGAAAUAAAAUUCAGCAAUACCAAGAUGAUAUCUCAAUUAGGAAUCCAACCAAGGGAUCCUAAAACAACAGUCAUUGAUAUGUGCUACGGAUUGAUUGAGAUUGGAGCUGUCGAGAAGAAAGCAAGGUACAGAGGACCUCCCAAAGCAGAGAACACAUAAAGCAAAAAACUGAAGAAUAACUAAGAAUUGACAUAAUUAAAUUAGCUACAUAAUUAUUGCUAAUAUUAAUUGUAGUUGAGUUCUCCCUUGUACUCCUUUAACAAAGAAUCCAUUGGAUAUU